UUCAAAGCCACGCAGUCAAGAAAAUGGCCGCAACCAUAGAGCACCUCUCACGGAUCUGCUCUAUUUUCUCCUAACUACUGUUCAUUUCAGAGAAUAUAAGACUGAAAUAUCAAGGAACAUGAGUUACAGCCAUCCUCUUCCUAAUGUGGAGGAAAUGGCCUUCCUCAAGGUGGACAACCUGGCAAACCUCACUUCAUCCAGCACGCUGAAGCGUGUGUUUGAGGAUUAUGGGCCUGUUGGUGAUGUGUACAUCUCCGAAAAUCACUUAACCGAAGAAUCUUACAGAGCAGCCUUCAUCCAUUUCUACAACAAACGUGAUGCUGAGAACGCAAUGGGUGCCUUAAAUGGGAUUUUACUGGAUGGUUGUAAACUACGCGUGAAAAUGGUACACAAAGAGGUUCCACAGUAUGCUCAACCUAGCUGUAGCCAGGGAGGGCAAUACCAUUUCAAAGAAGACAACCAUGAAUACCAGAGUCACGACAAAAGACACUGUUGUUCCUCCACCAGUCUCCGAUCCAGAUCUCACAAUAGAUCUUCUCCAGAUCACUCGGAAUCUCGACCUCAAUCUCAUCACUCACACAGACGAUUAUCAUCAUCAACAAAAAGAUCCGAGUCCAAGUCCUCAGCGUCUGAUCAUCAGCUGCCGGACAAGUCCUGUCCAAGGUCUAGACACCAUCCACGAGAAAAAAAGAAGAAAUCCAAAUCUAGAUCUUCACGCACACUUGCCGAGUGUCCCGAAGGAGGAGGAGAAAAUAUGGAAAACAUGGAGUUGCAAACAGAAAAUUCAGACUCUGAUGUAAUAUUUGUAAGAGCGUAUCAAUUAGAAGGAAAUAGAUCUGAAACUCUGACUACAUGUCCACCUAUCAAAAGUCCAAAGGGAGCAUGUGAUGGAGAAUGUGUGAGCGAAUACAAGGCAAUCGAAUAUUCAAAGCCACGCAGUCAAGAAAAUGGCCGCAACCAUAGAGCACCUCUCACGGAUCUGCUCUAUUUUCUCCUAACUACUGUUCAUUUCAGAGAAUAUAAGACUGAAAUAUCAAGGAACAUGAGUUACAGCCAUCCUCUUCCUAAUGUGGAGGAAAUGGCCUUCCUCAAGGUGGACAACCUGGCAAACCUCACUUCAUCCAGCACGCUGAAGCGUGUGUUUGAGGAUUAUGGGCCUGUUGGUGAUGUGUACAUCUCCGAAAAUCACUUAACCGAAGAAUCUUACAGAGCAGCCUUCAUCCAUUUCUACAACAAACGUGAUGCUGAGAACGCAAUGGGUGCCUUAAAUGGGAUUUUACUGGAUGGUUGUAAACUACGCGUGAAAAUGGUACACAAAGAGGUUCCACAGUAUGCUCAACCUAGCUGUAGCCAGGGAGGGCAAUACCAUUUCAAAGAAGACAACCAUGAAUACCAGAGUCACGACAAAAGACACUGUUGUUCCUCCACCAGUCUCCGAUCCAGAUCUCACAAUAGAUCUUCUCCAGAUCACUCGGAAUCUCGACCUCAAUCUCAUCACUCACACAGACGAUUAUCAUCAUCAACAAAAAGAUCCGAGUCCAAGUCCUCAGCGUCUGAUCAUCAGCUGCCGGACAAGUCCUGUCCAAGGUCUAGACACCAUCCACGAGAAAAAAAGAAGAAAUCCAAAUCUAGAUCUUCACGCACACUUGCCGAGUGUCCCGAAGGAGGAGGAGAAAAUAUGGAAAACAUGGAGUUGCAAACAGAAAAUUCAGACUCUGAUGUAAUAUUUGUAAGAGCGUAUCAAUUAGAAGGAAAUAGAUCUGAAACUCUGACUACAUGUCCACCUAUCAAAAGUCCAAAGGGAGCAUGUGAUGGAGAAAUUGGAGAGGUCAACAUCCUCAAUACUAAGCAGACAUGUUGA